UCCACAAUAAAAAAAAACCGCCACACACUUCCUGAGACAAACAGAAGUCUUACUUUGAAGGGCUUCAGAGGAACUUCUGUGUUCUAGUUUUGUCCGUUUCAUGUUUGGUGCUACUGCUGCCAACCAGCGGUGCUCCGCUCUCUUCACAAACCGCUGCUGCGGGCGAUUGUGGCGCAUAGCAGCGUUCAGCCUGGCGGUUGGCAGCAUUUAAUUGUCUUUGGACCAGGUUGGUCCGUCGUCCAGCUCUGACUGUAAAAAUUAAUGUGCCUGAGAGUCUGAACCCGGCUGAUCAAUGGAAACCUCCACCUCUGGUGCCUCAGUCUCUGCCACUGUGCCUCCAGGUUUCCGUUAUGAAACCAAAUACCUGGUGCUAAACUACCUGGGAAUGCUGCCUGUCAGGAGAUCCCAGACUCCAGCUACAGACCAAGGAGACGCCCAGAAUGGGCAGGAGAGGAGCAGAAGAAUCAAGGAGCAGAUCGAGGAAGAGCUGAAACAUCUGGAGGAGGAAAUGUCGGCCUCCUUUUCCAGCACUGGCUUUGACCACUACCAGUCACUGGUGUUCUGCCCACCAAACCCAGAGAGCUCUGUAGAAGACUGCCUUGCUGCCAUCGGAGACAGCGUGGCCCAGGAGCUGGGUCCAGACCUCUCGGCGGCUGUAACAACACUCCUCGCGGGACCUCUGGACUAUCAGAAAUUUCAAAGCACAGCACAGGAUCUGGCUAAACACACUCAAGCAGGUUGGAACAAGGUCUUGGUGCCUUUGGUGCUGCUUCAGGCUCUCCAGAGUGAGGGGAGGCCUUUGACAACUCUGCUGCAGUUGGGGCUGCGCUGCCUGGAGGAGGACGAGGCUCCGUUCAUUAUCCAGCAGGGCGGAUGGGGUAAAGUGUUGGGCCUUGUUCUGGUGGAGGAGCUCGCUGAGCCCCUCGCAGAAGACAGCAACGACAUCUACAUCCUGUCAGAGGAACAGCAGCCUGACCACCUCAGCCCUCCCUCAUCCCUGCUCUGCACAGCAGACCACAGUGAGCAGAGCUCCUGGCAGACGGAAAGCUUAGCGGUGUCUCUGGCCAGCCACGAGUCUUGGGCACAAGUUGAUGUGAUGGACCCUGAAGACGUCAAGCUCCUGGACAGCUGUGAGGGCGUGGCCCUGGCUGAGGAGCGCAGCGAAAACAACUCCUCAAACUCGGACAUCGUCCACGUUGAGCGUGAGGAGGCGGAGCUACUAGAGGAGGGUGGCGACGGCGUAGGGAUCGAUGAAAGCAUGAUGAGCGUUUUAGGCACAGAGAGCGACCUGGCUGCACUCAGGGCUGAGUUUGGAGAUCAGCCUCCAGCUGCUCCAGCAUCUACUGGGCCAGGCUCCUCACUUCCUGCAUCCUUGAUGUCAUUAGAGGAGCCAGUCGUCAUUGAGACACCUACAAGUUUGUCUGCAGAGCCUUCUCACAUCUCAGAACAAGAGCUGCUCCCUCCCUCCCCAGAACCUGUUGCUCUCCUUCAGACAGAACCAGAACCUGGACUUGGUGCCCCACUGCCUGUUCCUGCAGUAGAACCAGACCCUGAGCCAGAAUCCACUGCUGCUACUGCCCCAGUGCCUGUUGAGGUGGAAACUUCAUCUCAAGCCAAGGAAAUCUUAACAGCACCAGCGGAGCCCGAAACCGCCCCAGAACCAGCAUCUAAACCAAAGCAGGAUACUGAGCCUGCCACAGUUCUUCAGCAGCUAGAACCAGAGACCGUGGCAGAGCUUGAUUCUACAGAGACCGCACCUCCAGCAUCAGAGUCCCCAGCUGUGGAGGCCCCAAUAUCUUCUUCUGAAGCCCCCGCUCUGGAAGCUCCUGUGACCCCUGAUGAGGCUUCAGCUGAGGGGGUCCCAGAACCAGCAGAGGAGUUCCCAGUGCUUCUUUAUGGAGGUGCUGUUCUGGUGCUUCUUGCUGCUAUAGCUUGCAGUUUCAUGUUCCUCAGAAGGUGGUAGACAACCAAACUCAACCUGCUGGAAGGAAAAUACAAAUGAAAAGAUGUUAAAGAAUAAAUCAAUAUUUUAAUAUAGAUGUAAUAAGAUCCUUAAACAUGUGCUGGGUUUAUCUGAUUAGUUGAUCCUGAAGGUUUAAUCUCUAAAGGGUCCAUCAGCAAAGCAGAAUCAUCCAUCUCCACACCGUCUGGCAGGAAGUCACGGCGGCUCCGUUCUACCUGCUGCAAACACACUCCAGUCUGGUUCUGUCGGGUUUCCUGGCAGCUUUGUCCAGAAGAUCUUCACUCCAACCUCAGAUUUAUUGUUGGGAUCUCCGUUUAGACUUUCUGUCCCUUAUCUGCUGUUUUCUCCUGUCUUGACCUUUGACCUUUGUUUUAUUCACCAGUGAAGCUGCAUGAAAACGACUGUAGAGAAAAAAAUUAAUGUUCUGAGACUUGAAGGAUUUUUCUAACCUUUUCUCUUUUUCAGCAACAAAAUGAGAUUUAUCUUUUAGUUUUGACAAUGAAUUCUUAAAUUGAUUAAAUAAUAAAAAAACUUUUGUGUGGAUGUGAACCCAUUCAGACACAGGCUGGGAAACUGGUUCUGUUCUCUGUUAUAAAAGGAAUCUGUGGCAUGUAUGACUCUACAUGCAACAUACUUUUAUUUUUCUGAAUAAACUAUUAAAGCUUUUCCUCAAA